AUGCUGUAUUCGAUCUACAUCACGUCGCGGUCCGGCUCGCUAUUGUACCAAAAGGACUUCAAAACGGUAAACUCGCCGAUCACAAAGCAGAGGUCCAAUGACUAUCUCGUCAUUGCGAGCACGCUGCACGGAGUGCACGCCAUAGCGUCGAAACUGACGCCGCCGGACGCCGUCCACAAUUACCAGAAGGCCAAGACGCUGGCCAACUCGAACCGCACGGGGCUGCGUGAGGUGUCCACGUCGCAGUUCAAGAUCUUCAUGAACCAGACCGUCACCGGCAUCAAGAUCAUUGUGUUUGCGUCGCCGAACAUGGAGGAGACCAAAUUCGCCGCCAUCUACGACAAGAUCUACGAACACUACUGCAAUUACGUUCUCAAGAACCCCUUCUACCAACUGGACAUGCCCAUCAGAUGCCAGCUGUUCGACACGCACCUGAACUCCGUGGUGGCCGGCUGCAAUGUGUAG